CACUGCAAAGGUCCUACCGAUGGAUGAUCCUCGAUUUAGUCACCGACUUACUUCCGAUCAAACCGCGUACGCGAAUUUUAAUCUCAGUGGGCUUUGAGUGAUUGAAAGAAAAUGAAGUGUUGUGUGUGUCAGCUUUAAACUUUAAUAAACUGUCACAGGAUUCGAUUGGAUAUCAGUGAGAAAUUGAACUGUGAUAUAAAUGUGAAAAAAUUGUUAAACUAAAUUACAAUCAUGAAUACCGGUGGAGGAUUUGUUAAAGCUUACACAAACAACUGGCUGUCACAGUUCGGAAUUUAUAAAUAUGAAAGCCCCAUGGAACCACCCGAGAAGCCCAAUAACCAACACCGGAAAAUUGCACUGUACGGUAUCCUGGCGAUGGCAUUCAUCCUGUUUUUCAUCGUUUUUGUCAUAGUCAAUCAAACGACUGGCCUAGAUAGACUAGAAGUCGAUACCAAUCAACUUCCAGAAGGAUUUUCCAACGAAACAAGCAUCGAAUCCAGCAUGGGUCACACGGUGUUAACGACUCCUCUAUCAGCAAACAACAAUCCAGCGAAUGGAACAUUUACGGUGUUGAACAAAGGCAAGGAAGAAAUCGCUGAGGCACAGAAACAACGACGAAUUCGUCGAUUGGGUGAAGAAGGUUCUGUGCUGGAAUCGAGCGAUGAUUUGGUUGUUUACCCUAGUGCCUACUUGAAACCUCCUCGAUUGGGAAGCAUGAGAAGGUUCUCGGACGAUUUCGAUUCGAAAGAGUUUGAACAGCCUAGGCCAUUCAGGAUCGAUGAUGGGCUACCGAUUCCAGUUGGGUUCAAAAAGAUUAACAAAUCUUAUACUAAUAAUGGUUACGAGAUACCUGAGUUCCGGGUAUCACCCGGGACGAUCAGUAGUAUUCAGAACGUUUUGAGACAGUUGUCUAGCUCCCGCACUUCUAGACAGAAUCACUUUUCUCAGUACAUGCAGCAACCUGCGGAGUUCAAUAAUCCGUUGCAUCAGAAUCAUAGACUCAAGUUUACUGGUAUUUACAGACAUCCGAGAAAAAAUGGUGAAAUAACAACUCUGUUUGCUGAUUCAUCAAAACAACAUGAGCUACACGUAGCUAAGCCUCAGAAUAUCAAUAGUCAACUAACUGUUCCUGGCAGUUUUAUGCCAGAUUUGUUGUAUAAUUUUAAGCCAUCCAAUCCAAGCGAUGUAAAUCUAUUGGCAACAGAACAGUUCAGGUUUGCACCCGAAAAAGAGUCAAAAUCAGGGAAUCUUCCUAAAGGUAUGCCGUUUUCUGUUAUGCUAGAUAUUGCUCCUGUACAAGCUGAAAAACCUAGGGUCCAAGUGUAUAGGAAACCAUUUCCGAACUACUCGUAUGUGAGUUUUCCAUCUUAUUUUAAUAACCAAAACUUCGCACAAGUCAAACACAACGCCAUAAGCGAGCAGCCAGACGAUUCGUACUUUCGAAGAUCGAUGCCGUACUACAACCCGUUUCAAAAUCUGCCUUCAAAUCUGCAACCUGGGAAGCUCAUGGUUCACUUUAACCUGUAUCCCAAGCCAUCGGAUGCAUCGCGGAGAUUCGAACUGGAAAAGACAGCUCUGGACAUCAAUCACCUAAAACUAAACACAGGGGAAAUACUUCCGGAUCCUGAAGCUGAUAAAUUCAAUCCAGCAACCGUUCCCGAGAGGAACUUCCUGGAGCGUUACUUCACUACAACACCAAGUACUUCGUCGACAACCCAAACGACUCCGCUAGCCGGAACAACCCACCGAAUCAACCGCCAUCAAGAUCAGGAGCGAUUAGUCACGACAACAAGUUUUCCAAUAGUUACAAAUGGUCACGCGGGAAUCGGAUCGCGGUAUCCACCGUACAAAACUAUUGAACGGCGAGAUCAACGAAUCGAGGUCAACGACAAGCAGCGGCGCUUGGAACGACUUGAUAGCGAAGAGCGGUCCCAGGAAGCUGGAUUCCGUCCGCCGGAUGCCGAUCUGAUUAGUUUUGGACCAAAUGAUGCGGUGUAA